GUAAGAAGACUCUCUUGAGAUGGAUUAGUUCUUUUCUUUGCCACUUUCGCAAGACGCCUCCCCCCAAAAAAUAACAAAACUACACAUUUUUUCUUGUGCCUCAAGUUGUAUUAUGAUUAUUUCAUGAAAAUUGGACAUUUGCGUUUUAAUUUGUGCUGUUUCUAUAGCAAUUUGCAUACAAAUUAAGGUAAUUCAGUCGCCUUUUCUUGUCUUAAUGUUUGGAUAGAUCCGAGUUUGCCUUAUAAAUUAACAUGUAAGGAAAGUGCUAACCCCGAGUAACCUGUGAACAGUGUGCUAAUGUGUCAAUACGAGCUCGCAACCAAUUAAAUUCAAUAUGAAACUGCAGUAGUUCUACAAAUCCCUAGCGAUUCAACAGCCAUAAUGGACCUAUUGUGCAGACAAAGAUCGCAUUUUCUACAGCACAAAGAAGGGAUUUAUGCAUGAAUUUAAUAAUACCUUGCCCUGAUCAUUCGACAUUUAAUCUUCAUUGCAGAGAGGUAGAGCGGUCGUUGCGACAGCGUAUCGAUAACAUCGAUAUGUCUUAAACCUUUCAUCGAGGCAGACUAUCGACAGGUUUUAGAUGGAUUUGCCGAUCAAUCAUGGCCAAAUGGCCGGACGAGUCCAAGCAGGUAGGUCACCACCUCCACGUCGACGAAGAACAAGAGAAUACGUCCCAAAUUCUCAAUCGAAAAGAACAAUAAAACAGGACUCCAACAAUAUCGACACYAACUCCUUAGAAAGAAAAAUUAGCGGUGGUUUGGAUGAAAACAUGAACUCUGUUCAGYACUUUCCCUCUACUACACGACACCGAAGCGACAGUCAGAGAUCCGAACAACUUGGCGAAAGAUAUCAUAUCUUGAAAGCUGAAAAUAAAAUCCUACGAGAGAGACUGCAAAAUGCUCUACAGCGAGAAAUGAAAGCGCUUAAGACUUUUAAAAGACUCGCAAAAGAAAACCGUCAGCUGAAACUGAAUUUGAGAAAGUACGAAAGGACAUUAUUGGGUUUAUAUGAGGAUGAGUCAGAUUCAGAUCCAAACGAUGCAGCUGCACAAGAAAGAGAAAACCAACUCCAAGCCUUCACAAAACGCCUUACAGUACCCCCUGUUAAAUCCCGACGUUCUAAUUCAGGAGACAGCGACCUCUCGGGACGAACGACCGAUGAAGAUCUCCACGGACACUCGUCGUUAUCUAGGACACGRAGYAYCUCUACAUCAACAGAGGACAUAGCCAUCUUAACYAGGAUGAAACACGAUAAAUCUACAUCGACGCAUGACUUGGAAAAAUGGGAUGGUAGACGAACUAGAAGUAAUAGCAAGAAUAUUUACGAAGACACUAUACAAGGACCUGAACAUAGCCAAAGAAAAGAUUCCAGUAACUCACUAGACCACAACGAAAAUAACUUAACGGACUCGACCAAAGUCCGUCUUCUUCAUCGUCAAUUAGUGGACCUGCAGAGCCAAACACUGAACGAAAGACGGAAAUACAGCGAUAGUCGUAGAUACAGGAGCGAUUCACUAGAAAUGCAUGACACCCUCGAUGUCAAUGACAAAUUGUACAGAGCUUCAAGUUCGCCAAGUAUUUUAGAUGAUCAAAGCGAACAAUCUCAUGACAUCUGGAGGCGAGUGUCUGAUGGCAGUAUAGCGUGCAGCCCCCCCGGUGAUUUCCAUCCUAGACUGAGACACUCCUUUCAUGAAGAAGAGUUAGAAACAGUUCCUGAAAUCACCAUAUCACGAGAUGGUUACCAUGACGACGCCAACAGUCAAGAGAUCAACGAGUUUGAAUCAAUACUUCUACAGGAUGACGCCAGGAUACUCAGCCAAUCAUCUAUCCACUCUUUGACGAACACUGACGGGGAGUCCCAGAGAUCACCUCGGUCAUCACCACCUACGUUGACUAUUGACGUACCUAUCAAUGCUAGAGAAAAAGAUAACGAAGAAAGAAUCGAUCAUCCACUGAAUCAUCGAGCAUUCCACCGCCCUAUGCUUGGCCACACUGUAUCACUCCCGGCAGCCUCCUUCGAGCACUAUUUGUCGGUAUUGCAUGAAGUCGGAACGACGUCUGACAAUGACGACAUUAUCGAAGAAGAGGACGAAGAAGAAGAAGAAGCGGUACCACCACCCGUUUUCAGACGAGGAAGACGAGCAUCACUUGACGACGACGAAGUUUACAUCAAGAAAAAUCGAGAUAAACGAGAAAAGAAAACCAGCGUCUCUCUUCGGUUUGAUGGUGACAUGCCGAGAGAGCGUGCAGAGACACUUGCUGCAGACAUCGCAGCGUACUUGGAAUAUAGAAAACAAGUUACGACAGACAAUACAGACAGUACAAGCAGCGAUAUUCCUCCGUCAACCAAAGAAAGUCCAUCAGAGGAUGAAAUAAGUCUCCCCGAGUCAGCUGCAAUAGCUCGUGCCAGGUCCCUCACUCGAAGGCGUGGUUCCGCAGUCGUGACGUUACCAGGGGAACGCAGCUACCAGAUGGAUCUUCAUGUUUUUAAUAAACAAGCUGAACGACUGGUUUCAGACGGCAAAUCGUUGAUGCUUCAAGACAGAAGAGAUUUAUCAGGGUCCAGUACCUCUCUGAAUAGUAUCGGUGAUCCCGAAAAGAGAUCACGAUGGUCAAUACUUAAACGAAACAAAAAAAUGAGUACAUACGGUAAAGAGCUUAGACGACAAACAGAAGACUUUAAGGAAGCCUUGUCRCAACUACGAGAGAAUCCUAAAGAAUUCAUCGAACAUGAGCUGUUAGAGUACAAGGACAGUCACUGGACUCAGUUAAUUCCAAAUACCAAAGGAUCAAACCGACGCCCGCUGUCAGAUGGAUUCAGCAAUCUCUCCAGUCACGAGACAAAACGGCGUGAAGCAUUAUGGGAGUUAUUUCACAGCGAAGUGGUGUACCUCAUAGAUCAUUUGCUGGUGCUGAGCGAAGUCUUCCUGAAACCUUUAGAGAUUUUACAACAUAUGGGACAUCUUCAUGGCGUGGACACAUCUAAGAUAUUCUGCAACCUUAAAGGACUUUGUGAGGUGAGCUCUAAAUUCGCCGAGGACUUGUUACUUGUAUUCAAAGGAGAUCAAUCGAAACAGUUUGGCAAUACAGCGGCAGUCGUCGCAGCUUUCACCGAGUUUGGUUGCAAGCUACAGCCACAGUACCAGGAAUACUGCCUCAACUACUCCAAGGUUUUAGGAUACCUUGAUCACUGUAAGAAAUCCGAUGAUUUUCAGGAAUACAUCAAGUGGUGCGAGGCGGAUCCAAGAUGCAACCGUCUACAGGUGACAGAUCUUCUUGUUGCUCCWUUACAACACCUCACGAAAUACCCACUCCUUCUGAAGAACAUUCGAGAAAGAACGACGGAAGACGAGGACGAACACAGUUCGCUGUCUUCAGUCAUCAAGUCAGUGGAGCUGUCAAUCAAGGAGCUCGAGGGAAAAGUCAAGUCAUUAGCAAACUUUGAAAGACUUCAGGACCUUCAAAAUUGCUURGUUUGGCCAUCUAUUAUCGAACUUGAUCCGAAAACAUACGUUCCGGAGUUUUUACGAGGAAUUUUAGCCAAGCAGCCAUGUGAAAGCUUACUGGCAAGCCCCAAACGGCAACUACUCUACGAAGGAUCGCUUGUUUUACUAGAAAACACAAAACAAGACAUAUACGCGUUCCUUUUUGACGACAUGCUUCUUUUGACAAGAUAUCGAAAAUUGCAACAGAAAACUAACAAGAAACUCAGCCUGGCUGGUAUGUCAGCAGAUAGUCCCCCACCCACUCCUCCGGUAGUGCGAAAAGUAACGCCUGUUGGGCAGUACACCGUUUAUAAACAGCCGAUUCCAUUGGAUCGUUUUAUCAUCAUCGAUUCUGAGGCAACACAUGGAGGCAAUACGCUUAAAAACUCGUUUAUAGUCAUUCAUUACAGCCGGUUUAAGCAAACUGUUGGUCUGUACACGUUACAGGCCCCCUCGCAGAAUCUUAAGGAAACAUGGACAACUAGUCUCAAGUCAGCGCAAAGCAGCUGGUCAGAGGCUGUUGCUAUGGAGAUCGCAACUGAAACUCAGAAGACACCCCAAGCUACUUUGAGCCCGCAAUCAAGCACUGAAAGCGAAGAGCCUGGGGCUAGCGACAAAACGCCAAAUAUGACGAAUGAUGAAAUGCUAUCGUUUCAUAAACCAAUAGCAUCGCAUUGUUAAUCACACGAAAUCAGAAAAUAUUACCACGUGAUUACAGACAAUUACCACGUGAUCAUAUACAAUUACCACGUGAUCAUAUACAAUUACCACGUGAUAACAGACAAUUACCACGUGAUCAUAUACAACUACCACGUGAUAACAGACAAUUACCACGUGAUAACAGACAAUUACCGAGUAAUAAAUAUCGGACUCAAAGUCCUUGUAAAAAUCUGUAAUGUCGUAUUUUUACAACUUUUAAAGUAUAUAAAUAUAAUCCAAGAAUGUACAUAAAUCUUAUCUUAUGACCUGGAAACCAUAUUUUGAGAUACAAAAUAAACUUUGUUAUACAGUAAUUAUA